ACUCUCGCGGAGCGGCGGCGGCCGGCCGGCCCCGCCUCCGCGCGGCCCGCGCCUGGAGCCGCCUGGAGCCGCCGGCCGCGUCGUCUCGGCCACCGCGCGCAGAACGGAGCCGGUCGUCGCGAGGGGAGGACGCGCUCGCGGUGCUCGGAAGUGAACUUGGUUACCCGUUGGUGGUACCGGGUCAGCGUUCAGACGAGAGUGCGCUGUGCAACGAAGACGUCGGUAGCGGAAUCUGCGACCGGACGCCACUGGAGCAGGAGCAAGGAGUGCACGGAGAAGCAGAGGUCUGCCUCGGAGGUUAGCUCGUCACCGGCUCUCCAGCGGCGCAGUUGGCAGACGGUGCCGGUGCCGACUCUGACGGAGAGGGAGCGCCUCUCGCGGUCCGGGUGAGCAGCGGCGCGCGGCGCACCCCACCCGGCCACUGACCGCCCCACACAGAGCCUGCGGAGAGCGCGGCCAGCACCGACCAUGCGCGGCCGAGUGGCGCGCCUUCUGGCGCUGGCGGCGGCGCUGGCCGUCUGCGGCGCCUACCAGCGCGGGGCGCCGUCCACCGCCUGCGGCGAGAUGACCCCGGGCCACGGCCCGCCCGCCCAGCCGACGCCCAUGCCCUACAACAUCACACUCUCCAGCACGGUCAUCAAGGCGGGAAGGAGGAUGACGAUCACGAUCAGCCGCGGUAACCAGCUGCCGUUCAAGGGGUUCUUCGCGCAGGUGCGCUACGCCGACGAUCCGGACUCGUCGCCGGCGCUGGGUCGGUUCAUGACCCGGCAGCACACCACCGUCAGCUGCCAGCCCGGCGAGGAGAACGGCAUCAGCCACGCGGACAACAAGGUGAAGGAGUCGGUGACGCUGCUGUGGCUCUCGCCGCCCGAUCUGGACCGGGACGUCCUGUUCCGCGUCUCCGUCGUCCAGGAGUACAGCACGUUCUGGGUGGGACACGACACGCCGGUGAUCCGUGUGCUGCGCGAGGCGCGGCCCGAGGAGCCGGCGGUCGAGGUGCCGCCCGUGCCGACCCGGAGUCCUGUCCCGGCACCGACCCAGCCGGCGCCGACACCGACCGAGCCGGCCCCCACCGCGCCGCCGGCCCCGGCCCCCACCGCGCCAGAACAGGACCUGCAGCAGGAGGACCGGAGGGUGGAGGAGUCGGCCGCUGUGCCCACCGUGCCCGCCGAACCCGCUGAAGAGAACACGUCCGCGCCCUGCACUGAGGACUGUGACGGCGCCGCGGCUGACGGGGACGGCGGCGCUCUGGCGUCCGUGUACGACGGCUGCGGCCGCUCGGUCGGCUGUUUCGCCGACGCUGACGGCUGCGUGGAGUCGCGCAGCUGCGAGGUGCUGGUGACGUACGCGCUGCGCCCGGACGGCCGCUACCAGCUGCAGCUGUACGGCGGCCACCAGGCGCCCGGCUACCUGGCUGUCGGCUUCUCCACAGACCAGUUCAUGGGAGACGAUGAUGUGAUCUACUGCUCCGACGACGGCGCGGGCGGCUUCGCGGUCAAACACGCCUACAACAACGCCGUGCCGAAGCGGGCCGUGGUCGUCGAACCGGAGUCCGAGGAGGGCGACCUGGUGUCUGACGUGCGCACCGAGUACCGUGACGGCUUCCUGCGCUGCGAGUUCUCCCACGCGGCGCGGUUCACGGUGGACCGCCGGCCGGUGGAUCUGUCCUCCUCGGACCUGCACCUGAUGGUGGCCAGCGGGCCAGCGCACGCGGGCGGUCCGGGCUACCACUCUGUGCGCCGGGCCAGCGGCGGCCCGGUGCAGCUGCAGUCGCGGGCGGCCGCCGCCGGCCAGAGCAGCCUGCUGUUCCGGCUCCACGGAGCGCUCAUGAUCGGCGCCUGGAUCGGCACCGCCAGCACGGGCAUGCUGCUGGCGCGCUACUACAAACAGACGUGGGCGGGCCGCAAGCUGGCCGGCCUGGACCUGUGGUUCCAGGGCCACCGGACGCUGAUGAUGCUGACCGUGCUGCUGGCCAUCGGCGGCCUGGUGUGCAUCGUGCUGCAGCUGGGCGGCUGGACGAGCACGCCGCUGCUGGGCGCGCCCGGCGCCAGCCCGCACCCGCUGCUGGGCGUGUUGUGCGUGGCGCUGGCGCUGCUGCAGCCGCUGAUGGCCAUGUGCCGGUGCCACCCGGGCGCGCCGCGCCGCGCCAUCUUCAACUGGCUGCACUGGAUGGUCGGCUCGGCGGCGCACAUCCUCGGCGUGGCGGCCGUGUUCUUUGCCGUCGAGCUGCCGGCCGCCAAGCUGCCCGACUGGACCUACUGGGUGCUGGCCGCCUUCGUGGUGUUCCACGUGCUCACCCACUUCAUCCUCUCGCUGGCGCAGUGCUGCUCGGACCGCGCGAUGAGGAGCGACAAGGGUCGCGGCGGAGAGGCGUACAAUAUGCGCGACAUGGGCAUGAACAGCUACCACGUCUACCAGGCCGACCGGCCGCAGGAGGCACCCGGCUCCACGCUGCGCCGCACCGUGCUCGGCAUCUACAUCGUCAUCAACAUGCUGUUCGUGGCGCUGCUGGUGUGCAUGGUGGUGCUGGCGCCGGCCGACAAGUGGCUGGACGCCAUCAUGUAGGUGGCGCACCCACCAUCGUCAGCCGGAGUUCAGCGGAUGUCACCCGGCGGCAGAGUCUCAGUGUUUGAGACGGACGGGUAUACCGGGAACCGCUCCGCGCUGCCACACACGAACUGCUGAAAGGCUGCCGUCCGGCUGACUGGCUGUGUCAGUGGACAGAGCGCGUGUCGCCGAGGACCGUCCGAGCGGCUGUGGGGGACGCUCGGACCACUCAGCUUAGUGUCGCCGCCACUAUCCAGUCCAGCAGUGGCCCAUGGACCUGUCACCGGACGGUGGUGUCGGUGCCGGGCGCUAAUGUCGGCACAGUGCGGUGCGAACGCUGUGUGUGAGCCGGUCGCACGGACCGCAGCUCCCGUGUACGCCGCGCCGUGCGCCCUGCGGUGACGUGAACGGGGUGGACUGACUGACGCCACCUGCGCCCGACUGGGUACAGUGCCGCCAGCGCUGGCUGGCUGGAAAAGUGCUCGAUAGUCGGCGGCAUUUGUGUCGGGAUCGCCUAGUGACGGACUAGCCUCUGGAUUUGGUGACUGUCGCUAGACGGAGUAACCCUCUAUUUGGUGGAGCGUCACUUUCAGCGAGAUCCCCGUCAGCCGUGGCGGGGCCCGCGGCCAUCGGCCUGUUCACGCCCCAAUCAUACUCAUCUUGACGGUGGGGUCAUCAGACGGCCCGAAACGAACAGUCCAUGAUCUGAUUCGGGUUCGUACAACGUAUUUUUAUUAAUUGGCUACAAGUAAUCGAGUACAAGUGUUGUACUGGAAGUUCUAUAAUGUAUUUACACUGGUAUUUUUACAAAGCAGCGUUACAAAUGUGAUCAUAAGAUGGAUGAUUCCCCGGUAGUGACAACAUGUAGUGACUGGCCGAUAGAGCAACCGUACAGUAACCUUUCUCGUGAUUCGUAUGUCGGGAUCGUUGACUUACCAGCGCAGGACUGUAAAGAAUGUGAAUAUCAUGCGCGAUUUAAGCCGAUUUAUGUAAGCUCGUCUUGUGUAUGUAUGAUAUGUACGAUAACUUAAAGUGUGGUGCGCUGCGAGCUUCCGUUCGUUUCCGAUGCUCAGCAUUCCAUGGUAACUUUGCCGUCCAUCGUAUUCCGCUGCGAGGUGCCGGCGCGCGAGUCGGCCUCGCCCGUCACCUGUUCAAGGAGAUGGUAUUCCAGCUGCUUGUUAGAGCGAUAUUUUUCACUGGUUUUACCGGGUUUGUAAAUGUGUACUUAAAAGUUUCUAUGAAUAUUUUUACAGAUGUUUCCUAUGUACCAACAAAUACAUCGGUUUUACAGAUAA